UUUGUGUCAGAGUACAACUGCCAGCAAGCAAUAGCUAUUGAAUGGAUGAAGGGGCAGCCGAAAUGGUGUCGGGAGUUUGGCUUUGGUUGGUCUAUGGUGAGACUACCAUACGAGAUUCUCAUAUUCGGAUUUCUCCAACCGAUUCUUGCAAUGAUCGCAAUCGUGUGGCCAUAUAGCAAAAUCGCUGAAUACGUCUUCCUCCCAAGAACAUCUUUUAUGAUGGAAACCUUCUCGUUUCUCAUUUUCUUGGCGAUUCACAUCAAGAAAAGUAUAACCUUACUUCACUCAGGUUCAAACAAGAAUGCGGCCAUCAAUGUCAUUGACUUUGAGCAUUUUGUUAGCACUUCGUUGCCGAUGAUGUACCACUUUCUGUGGGUGAUAGGUUCUUUUUUGAAAGAAUAUAAUGUAAUCAGAUAUCGUGGUCUCAAACAAUACCUCAUCGAUGUAUGGAGACUCACCUAUAUAUUUUGGCUGGUUAUGCUUCUCGCACUUUACACCAAGGUCGGCGUGGACAUCAUUGUUGUACAUGACUUGUCAACAACCAGUAUGCGCCCACUUGCCUGCUUUACUAUUACUAUAGGUGUCCUGCAAGGAAUGCGAUUACUGGAGAACAGCUAUUUCCUAGGUAAGAUGCUGCUCUCCUUUCAGAAGAUGGUUCCCGAUGUAAUACGCUUCUUCUGCGCAUUUUUGCUGAUAGGAACCUCCUUUGCUUUUGGAUUGUUUCUUUUAUAUGAUGAUAUACCUGGUGAACAUUUACGCUACAAAGGAUUUGAUUAUAUGAUAGCAAAACUAUUCUGGGCACUAUUCGGAGUACACGACAUCGCGUCUCUGUCCAUCAUUGAUUCCUGCUCUCCAAAUACGUCAUCAACCACGAACGAUUCGGUGAACGGCGACUCCCAUCUGACGUACGAUGAACUUAUGCCUCUAGAGCAGUCUGGUAAACUCAUGUACUCGAUAUACUGUGUGACUGUUAUUCUAGUCUUUCUAAACGUGAUCAUUGCAAUGAUGUCUGACACGUACUCGAAAGUUCAG